CAAUUCUAUUUCUCACCCAGAUACUGAGUUACUGACACGAGUUGACCCUCCAGCCCAACAAGGCAACAGCAAUCCUCACCGCGCCGGCGGGCGCCCUCUCCCGAUCCCCUCGCGCCGGCGAGCAAUCAGUUGACGCCUCCCCUCUCUUUCCCGUUUAGCCCGGUCGUCUCCCCCGCACCGCCGCUGUACCCUCACCGCCGAGCGCGCCUCCACCUGCGCACCCCUUCACUAAGCGCGCAACGCCGCCACUUCUCUCUCAUCCUCCCUUCUCUCUAGAAAUCCUCCUCCUCCUGCCCACCCCCGCCUCCAUCCCCGACCCCCAAACUAUUUCCCCCCAUUCCUUUAGUCCCCCUCCAAUCCAAAUCGCUCUUCAUUUCGGGGAGGGACCCUCCAGUCCAUCCAGCUCGUUGCGGAUCGUUUGCGUUGCGGGUGCUCUGGUUGACUACUCAGAGCAGGGUUCAACUGAACCCCCCAUGCGCAAAUCUAACUCUACCCCGAUUUGCAAGUCAUGCAGUUCGAUGAUGACCGGGACUUUGGUGCGGGUGGUGGCAGUGGAGAAGUUGAUGACAAAGUGGAUGAGCCUGCCAGAUGCCUACGCUGUGGCAUCAGUGCAAGUGCGACGCCUCAUAUGCGUCGUGGGCCGGAGGGACGGAGGACCUUAUGCAAUGCAUGUGGCAUAGCAUGGGCAAAGGGGAAAACGAGAAAAGUUAUUGAUUCUGAUGCCCACAUAGACGAUGCCACAAUUGCAAAAGUGGUGCCAGAAGUCGGCAUGGAAUUUGACAAUGAAGAUAAAGCAUAUGAAUUCUACAAUAAGUAUGCUGGACAUGUGGGCUUUAGUGUUCGUAAGAGUUCAUCAGAUAAAUCAGCUGGAAAUAUCACAAGGUCAAGAACUUUUGUAUGCUCGAGAGAAGGUUUCCGUAAGGACAAGAAAGGAGCUAAAGAAGUUAAAAGGCCACGACCAGAAACAAGAAUAGGGUGCCCUGCACGGAUGACAAUUAAGAUUACAUCAGAUGGGAAAUAUCGUAUCGCAGAAUUUGUAGCAGACCAUAACCAUCAACCAGCACCACCAUCGACCAUGCAUAUGCUCAGAUCUCAGAGAGUACUGACCGAGCUGCAGACCACUGAAGUAGAUUCUUCCGAAGAUUCAACAACACCAUCAAGGUUUUCCAGUGGUUGUUUAGUCCGGCAGGCGGGGGCAGCUACAGAUGUCAACUUCCUCCCUGCUGAUUAUAGGAGUUCACUUCAUUCAAAGCGUAUGAAGAAUAUGCAACCUGGUGAUGCAGGGGCCGCUGUAAAGUACUUUCAGAGCAUGCAGAUGAACAACCCUUCAUUCUUUUAUGCUUUUCAGCUUGAUGAAGACGACAAACUAACCAACAUUUUCUGGGCUGAUUCCAAAUCUAGAACUGACUUCAGCUACUUUGGUGACGUAGUUUGUUUGGACACAACUUACAAGAUAAAUUCACAUGGAAGGCCAUUAAUGCUGUUCCUUGGAGUGAAUCACCAUAAGCAAAUUUCCAUUUUUGGCGCAGCUUUGCUUUAUGAUGAAUCGAUGGAGUCUUUCAAUUGGUUGUUUGACACAUUCAAGGUUGCCACUGGUGGAAAGCAGCCAAAAACAGUCUUGUCUGAUCAAUCAAUGGCAGCUGCGGCUGCCAUAACAGCAGCAUGGCCAGGUACAACUCAUUGUCAUUGUCCAUGGCAAGUUUACCAAAAUGCUGUUAAUCACCUCAAUCACAUCUUCCAAGGUUCUAAGACAUUUGCAAAGGAUUUCAGCAAAUGUGUGUAUGAAUAUGAGGAAGAAGAGGACUUCUUGCUAGGAUGGAGUACUAUGCUAGAGGAUUAUAAUCUAAGAAACAAUGAGUGGGUUCGCAAGUUGUUUCAAGAUCGGGAUAAAUGGGCUUCAGUGUACAAUAAGCACGUGUUCACUGCAGAUAUAAAGAACUCGUUACAAUCAGAGAGUAUAAGCAGUGUCUUGAAAAAAUACUUGAGUCCACAGUUUGAUUUGUCAUCUUUCUUCAAGCAUUUUGAAAAAGUACUGGAUGAGCAUCGAUAUGCCGAGCUACAAGCUGAUUUUCAUGCAAGCCAAAGUUUUCCGAGAAUACCUCCAUCCAAAAUGCUAAGGCAAGCUGCUAGCAUGUACACACCAGUGGUCUUUGAAAUUUUUCGCAGAGAGUUUGAGAUGUUUGUGGAUUCAGUGAUUUAUAGUUGUGGCGAGGCUGGGACUGCAUCAGACUAUAGAGUAGCAGUAACGGAUAAACCUGGGGAGCACUAUGUCAAGUUUGAAUCCAGUGAUUUCUCUGUUGUUUGCAGCUGUAAAAAGUUUGAAUCAAUGGGUAUUCAGUGCUGUCAUGUGUUGAAGGUUCUUGACUUCAGAAAUAUAAAAGAGUUACCACAAAAAUAUUUCUUGGGAAGAUGGAAGAAGGACGCAAAGUCUGCAAAUACAGGAAAUCAAGAAUUUCUUAAUGAUGGAUCUUCACAAACUCCAAGCUCUUCUUUAAAUGGUCUGGGGCCAUUUAUAGAUCACCAACACAUGCAAACAAAUAAUCAGCCUAACCAUCCACAGGAUUCCUCUGUAUCUAGCUUCCACCAGCAAGGUCUUCAUGGAGAUGCACAAGGAAAUCAGGGUUAUACCCCUUUAGUUGGGAUGCAGCCGCAAGAGUUCAUCGGGGAUUUUCACCUUAACAAUGGAGCAGGUUUUUGAUGCAAAAAUGGAACUGAGCUUUGUCCCAACUGGUCCAAUUGAUCAGUUUUAAAAUAUCUUUUCUCUUGUAAAUUAUAUAAUGUAUGUUUGUGUAGCAUCAGAAAUGUAGAAUCCAGCUAGUUUUCUAGAAACUUUAGACGCUGUUAGUUGGACCUUGGUAUCAUUAUGUUUUUGCAGUAGGAAGUUUGUUUGAUGUUAUAAGGAAUGAAACUUCCCUUGACUUCUGGAUGGUAAAAAUAAUAAGUUAUGAGCAUGCGUGCGUUUGUAUCUUUGUAAAGAGGAAAGAACAACUACUCAAUCACUUCCGCUGCAGAAAUGUACCAUGUAAUAUUUUCUA